AUGCGAGGAUUUGAAGUGUCACUGUCUCGCACAUUCCUCUUCUCCCCUCUCCCCCAUUCUCCCCUCUCCCCCAUUCUCCCCUCUCCCCCAUUCUCCCCUCUCCCCCAUUCUCCCCUCUCCCCCAUUCUCCCCUCUCCCCCAUUCUCCCCUCUCCCCCAUUCUCCCCUCUCCCCCAUUCUCCCCUCUCCCCCAUUCUCCCCUCCCUCCCUUCUCCUCCUCCCCUCCCUCCCUCCCUGCGCAGCUAGCUCGUGGAAAGGUGAGGUGGGUUGUGGUGCUGGUUCAAGUGAGGUGGGUUGUGGUGCUGGUUCAAGUGAGGUGGGUUGUGGUGCUGGUUCAAGUGAGGUGGGUUGUGGUGCUGGUUCAAGUGAGGUGGGUUGUGGUGCUGGUUCAAGUGAGGUGGGUUGUGGUGCUGGUUCAAGUGAGGUGGGUUGUGGUGCUGGUUCAAGUGAGGUGGGUUGUGGUGCUGGUUCAAGUGAGGUGGGUUGUGGUGCUGCUUCAAGUGAGGUGGGUUGUGGUGCUGGUUCAAGUGAGGUGGGUUGUGGUGCUGCUUCAGGUGAGGUGGGUUGUGGUGCUGGUUCAAGUGAGGUGGGUUGUGGUGCUGGUUCAAGUGAGGUGGGUUGUGGUGCUGGUUCAAGUGAGGUGGGUUGUGGUGCUGGUUCAAGUGAGGUGGGUUGUGGUGCUAGUUCAAGUGAGGUGGGUUGUGGUGCUGGUUCAAGUGAGGUGGGUUGUGGUGCUGGUUCAAGUGAGGUGGGUUGUGGUGCUGGUUCAAGUGAGGUGGGUUGUGGUGCUGGUUCAAGUGAGGUGGGUUGUGGUGCUGCUUCAAGUGAGGUGGGUUGUGGUGCUGGUUCAAGUGAGGUGGGUUGUGGUGCUGGUUCAAGUGAGGUGGGUUGUGGUGCUGGUUCAAGUGAGGUGGGUUGUGGUGCUGGUUCAAGUGAGGUGGGUUGUGGUGCUGGUGAAAAUGGUGGGCUUGGGGCGUUUUGGUGGGAGGGUCUUUCAGGUCCGCAACUGAGGAACAUGUGUCCAGGGGUAUUUAAGUUGGUGAGCUUUGGUCAUGUCAAGGCGUCGCCCCGUGCCUUAUACGAGCUGCUCAAAGAGGGAGGGCCCGUGCUGGUGUUCCCUGGGGGCUCCAAAGAAACAUGCCGCCUCAAGGGUGAGAGGUAUCAGCUGAGGUGGGGCAUGGGCGAGGGAAACAGAGGCAGCAGCAGCAGUGGCGAUGGGGGCAUGAUGCGCAUGGCAUCGAAGCUCAACGCCAUCAUUGUGCCCUUCGCCUUGGUCGGCGCUGACGACGCUUUUGACAUUGCUCUAGAUCGGAACGACCUCCUGGCCUCUCCGCUAGGAAAGCCUUUCCGCUCCUUAUACGAGUCGCUCAGCCUUGACCCAGACACGGAUAUCAGCCCUGUCACAACCCUUCCCGGCACCAGCCUUCCCAGCCUAAUUCCCCUUCCCAGUCGACUGGAGAGAGUGUACUUCUAUUUUGGCACACCUAUUGACUUCAAGAACCUUCCACCAUCUGCAAUAAAGUCUGUUGCAUGUGUGCUUGUCUCGUCUCACAUUUCUAUUGACGACUCGUUUCCGUCUCAUGCUCCCCUUUCUCCCUCCCUCCGAUUCCAUCCCCCCUCCUUUUUCUAA